GCGCGGCCGUGUUCGAUCGCGUAAUUCGCUGAUUACUCAAUAAACCUAAUAAUUUAUAAAAAUUUUUCGGCAAACCCAUUACAAAAAAAUUAAAUAUGGAAUUAAAUAAACAUUUAGGACUCGAUGACGAGGUUUUAGCUGAUGUUAUCAUUAAUGUGGGAACAGAAAAACAAACAAUUGAAGGAUUCAAACAAGCAUUACAAGAAAAUGGUGAAAAUUUUUCUGAUUCGUUAAUGGAUAAUUCGUUUAAAAUUAUCGCUGAAAGGAAACCUGCUAAAGACAUGGCGACACUGGAAGCCUGCGCAUCCUCAUCGUCACAAAUAUCUUUUGACGAAAGUAGCAGAAAUAAAAAAAAAUCUAAAAAAUAUAAACGUAGAAGGCGCUCACGUUCCAGAGAUCAGUCUAAAUCAAGACAUCAUGAUCGAUCGAGGUCAAGGAAUCGUAACAGUAAACGAAGAAGAUCACGAAGCCAUAAAAGAUCUUCAAGGGAUCGAAAAAAAAAUAAAAUGAGCGAUUCAAGAUCUCAGUCAAAAGUCGUUAGUUUAACUCCGCAAACAGAAGAAAUGCAUACAGGAAAAGUCACUAAAAUGAUUGAGUACGGAUGUAUACUACCUGGCCCAUGGGAAACGAAACAAAUGUCGGCUGCUGAUUGCUAUAGUGAGAAAGAGAUAGUGAAAUUACAUGAGAGGAAUCUGGAAGAAGAUCACGAAAUCGAGCUUGUUAAAAAAGAUCCACCGUUUGUUCCAAGUAAUGGUCGAGCGCUCUGGGAUUUAAGUCCCAUUCGGCUUGUUAAAAAUCCUAACGGAUCAUUAGCUCAAGCUGCGAGGAUGCAAAGUGGUUUUGCCAAAAAUCGUAAAGAGCAAAAAAUGUUGCAAAAAACUAAUUUAAAUAUUCUUGAAGAUCAUCGCAAUUUGCCAAUUUUUGAGCUAAAAGAUGAGUUGGUAAAAGCCGUAACAGACAAACAAAUUUUAAUUAUUAACAAUGAAACUGGUUCAAACCACACCAUUUUAAUUUUAAGAUACUUGGAAGAAGCUGGAUUUACCACACGUGGAAAGAUAGGUUGUAGUCAGCCAAGAGGAUUUGCCGCAAUGUCUGUUGCUAAAAGAGUAGCGGAAGAAUUUGCAUGCCAGCUUGGUCAAAAAGUUGGUUACACCAUUCGAUUUGAAGACUGCACAAGUGCUGAAACAAAUAUCCACUGUAUGACAGACGGUAUGCUUCUUCGUGAAUGUCUAAUUGAUCUUCAUUUAACAAAGUAUUCAGUGAUUAUGUUGGAUGCAGCUCAUGAACGUACGGCCAGUACUGAUGUGUUAUUUGGAUUGCUGAAACAAGCAGUUGAAAGACGACCAGACUUAAAGCUUAUUGUUACAAUUUCAACUAUUAAUGCAGAAAAGUUUUCUCAGUACUUCAAAGAAGAUUUAAUUUUUACAAUACCUCGACGUACAUUUGGAGUAGAAAUAAUGUACACAGAAGAACCUGAAUUAGAUUACUUUGAAACUGCUUUAAUUACUGUUAUGCAAAUUCAUAUACAAGAACCGCCUGGAGAUGUUUUAUUGUUUUUAACUGGUCAAGAAGAAAUUGACAUGGCAUGCGAAAUUCUUUACAAGCGUAUGAAAUCACUGGGUCCAGACGUUUCUGAACUUUUAAUUCUUCCAGUAUACUCAGCUGAUAUGCAAAUAAGAAUUUAUAAAUCUGCACCACCUGGAUCUCGUAAAGUUGUAAUUGCAACCGACAUUGCCAAAACAAGUCUUACGAUUGAUGGUAUUCGUUAUGUCGUUGAUCCAGGAUUUGUUAAACAAAAAGUUUAUAAUCCAAAAAGUGGUGUCGACAGCAUGAUUGUGACACCAAUCAGCCAAGCUGCGGCAAAGCAGCGUGCAAGUCGAGCGGGAAGAACUGCUCCUGGAAAAUGUUAUAGACUCUACACAGAAAGCGCUUAUAGAGAUGAAAUGUUACCGACACCCGUUCCUGAAAUUCAACGAACAAAUUUAGCGACGAUAGUAUUGCAAUUGAAAUCAAUGGGUUUUAAUAACUUCAUAAAUUUCGGAUUCAUAGAUCCUCCUCCUCCAGAAUUGCUACUAAUGGCUUUUGAGUUAUUGUACAGUCUCGGUGCUUUAGAUAAUGAGAGUCGACUUACUCAAUUAGGAAGAAGAAUGGCUGAAUUUCCAUUAGAGCCAAAUCUCUCAAAGAUGUUAAUUAUGAGUGUCCAGUUGCAAUGCUCUGACGAAAUACUGACAAUUGUUAGUAUGUUAUCUGUAAAAAAUAUAUUUCAUUGGCCAAAGUAUAUAAUGUCACUGGCUGAUCAGACAAAAGCUAAAUUUAAUCAACCCGAAGGUGAUCAUGUAACGCUUUUAGCAGUUUAUAAUUCUUGGAAAAACAAUAAUUACAGCGAAGUGUGGUGUUAUGAAAACUUUGUUAAUGUACGGACAUUACACCAAGCUCGCCAUGUAAGACAAAAGCUGUUGAGAACUAUGGACAGGCUCAAGCUUGAUAUCGUAUCAGCAGGAAAUGAUACUGUUAGGGUUCAAAAAGCUGUCUGCUCAGGCUACUUCAGAAAUGCCGCGAGGAAAAAUCCUCAAGGAGGCUAUCGUACUUUGGUCGACAGCCAAGUAAUGUACAUUCAUCCAUCGAGUGCAUUAUUUAAUCGGCAACCUGAGUGGGUAAUUUACCACGAGUUGGUCCAAACAACCAGAAAGUAUAUGAGAGAAGUCACGACCAUUUUUCCAAAAUGGCUUGUCGAAUUCGCUCCAAGUGUAUACGAAAAUAGUAAACCCUACUAAGCUGAGUAUUUAUCGUCGACGGGAUUAAUUUUAUUUAGUCCUUAUACAAUUUUAUAAAAUUUUUUAUGACUUGAUUUAAAUCAUGAUAACGAAAAAAAAAAUGCAAUAAUAAUUGAAAAUGUAAAUAGCAUUAUUGCCAUUCCAUUGUAAAUGUUUAUAAAAUAUUUUUUAUUAUAGAAAAAAAGAAUAAAUUCAGUAAUAGUUCGACAAUUAAUAAAUAAUAAUAAAUACUUUCGUUCACAGUUUUUAAAUUACUGUUUAUAAUUUAAUUUAUUGCGCUAGAAUUAAUUGAUGAUUUACAUUCAUUAUACUAGUUAAAUAAAAAAUUCAAAUAAAAUGAUGAACUAAAAUUGGCGUUAGUGGUGGCCGUCUUCUCCGCCAUUUUGUUCAUUCAAAACAACAAUAAACAGAAUAUUAAGCACUCUAACGAGGUUUGUUUUAUUAUAAUAAAAUGUAAUAAAACUUAGUAACUAUAAUUCAUCCGAUUACUCGGUAAAUAAUCCAAAGUUUAAAAUAUUCAAUAAUUUCUUUUUACGGAAGCUUCGUAUUUCCGUUGAUUAAAAUAAAUGAAAUACAAGCUCAGAAGAAUGGAAUAAAUGAGUUUAUAAUGAAUAACAAUUCAAUAAAAAAUAAUAUUUUCUGCAAAGCAAAAAGUGUUGAUGAAAAAGUUAUCGAAUAUAAUGACAAUGGAAUAAAAAAACCAAAUAUUAAUAACUCAAUCCAGAUGUGCGACAAUAAAAUGACCAAUAGUAAUAAUGAUAUUUUAACAAAUAAAAAUAAGAUUAUUAACAAUUCAUUAGAUGACGAUCAACGAAGGGUAUUAUUAAAUAUGACAGUAGAUCUAGCGCAUCAAGUUAAUUAUAUUCUACCGCCAAAUGAAGUCCCAGUUUUUUCUCUCAAUAACAACAAUCCAUUUCAAAAUCAAUUAGCUCAAGGUUUCUUGAUACUCAUAAAUCCAUUUGGACAGAAUACUAUGCCUUCUAAUCCAAUGAUUCCUAAUUUGAAAUCAAGUCUUUAUUUUCUAACUAAUGAUUCAAAAUUAAUUCCUUAUUAUGGUUUCGUAACUGGAAUAAAUGACAGUAAUAAUGCAACUAUUACUUCAGAUCAAAUUCCACAGAGUAAAGAAAACAAUAAUGAUGUAAAUUUAUUAGAAAUAAAUGAUAAAAUUGAUGGAAUAGAUUCGACUAAUGCUACAUAUUCUAAAGAUGAUGAAAUUGGACCAGAACUAGCAACAAAAACCAGCGUCACUUUUGAAACUGUUGCUGAUGAUAUGCCAAUAGAUUUAACAAUGAAACCAAAUACAGAAGAGAACUUGACUUAUGAAGUUCCUUUUGAUUAUGAAACUUAUGAUAUGCAACCAAUAGAUUUAACCAUAGAUAUGCAACCAUUAGACUUGAAAAUAAAACUGAAGACCUCACCGGCACUUGAUACUAAACAAACAGAACAAAAUUAAUUACCGGUCAAGGACAAAACUGUUCCCGAAACAUAUUCUGAUCUUUCUAUACCUCACUCUUCCUCGACAAAGAAGUCAAAAAAAAAUAAAACACGAAAGGUAAAAAAGUAUCUUAAAUUUUUCGAUGAAAGUAAAGGGCUUUACAUAUGCAAAGAAUGCAAUUAUUCAACUAUAUAUUUAUCAAUAUUUAAAAGGCAUGUCAAAAUUCAUAGGCGUGAACGCCGCUUCAGUUGCCCUCAUUGUUCAGUAGUUAAUUACUCAAAAUAUAACUUAAUGAUGCAUAUACGCACUUACACGAAUGAGAAACCAUUUGUGUUUUGUUUGUCAAAAAAUUUUUCCAGAUCGAGAAUACUUGAGAGUUCACAAAAAGGAGCACAAAAAAGGGAAGUUUUAUAAAUGUGCGAUUCGUCUUUUUACGACAAAGUGGUCAGUUUCAUUUAAAAACGGUGUAGAGGUACACAAAAAACGUGGCUUUUAUGUUUGCAAUGAAUGCGGUAGAGGUCAUUGAAACACAAGAAUUCUUUGAGAAAACGCACUUGGUUCAAUUUCACAGUUUACAGUUCAGAAGAAAAUCUACUCGUGUUCCACUAUCAAAAAAGUUAACAGAUUCAUGUUUAUGGUUAAGAAAAAUUCAAACUAGUUGUGCCGAAUUGCUGGUGCAUUGAGAAAUGGGAAUCACUUCUAUUAAUUUUUAAUAUAAAUCAUCGAUAUUUCAAUGGUACUUAGAGUAUUUAAAAAAAAAAAAAAUUUGUCUAUCGGUUGACCCUGCGGGCCAGCCCUAAAACUCUCCGCUAUUUUUGAGCUCCUUGAGCUCGAAAACAUUGUUGUGAAUACACUUUCGAGCUCGAAAAUACUCUUAUAUGCCGUUGUUUUCGAAAAAAAACGUUUUUUACCAUUUUUUUUCCAACGAUAUCUCUUAAACAAAUUGACCAAUUGAGACGAUUAAGGUAACGAUCGGCGCGUUUCAUAAAGUUCUAGAGCUGAUUAGAUUUUGAAAUCGAUUGAUUCAAUUUUUUUGUAGAUAUUCGAAAAUAAACGUUUUUUCCUAUUUAUUUCAUCAACGAUAUCUUUUUAACGAAUUAACCGAUUGAGACGGUUGAGGUGGCAAUUGACGCGUUUUAUCAAGUUCUAAAGCUGAUCAAAGUUUGAAAUUGAUGUAUCAAGUCAAUUCUGAGAAAUUUCAAAAAAAUCAACAAAAUAAAUUUUUUUUAAUUCUUUCGACAUCGGUUUCUUUUGAACGGAUGAACUGAUUUUGAUGGUUAAGGUGGCAUUUGACGCGGCUUAUAACGCUCCAGAGCCCAGUCGAUUUUGGAAUCAAUUCAUCGAGCUACGUACGUACAUACAUAUUAGGGUGGCCCAAUGAAACCGGCUAUUUCUUUUUUUGAAUUUCUUAUGAAAAUUUGUUGAUUCAAGAUAUUGUAAGAAGCCUCUCCAAAAAUCUGCUCGAUAAAAAUUUUCAAAAGGUCUCUCACGAAUUUUGAAAACAUCAGAAAUGAUCGAAUUCGGAUUUUUUGUUCUAAAUUUCUUCUUUCACGUGACAGCUAUAGUUUAUAUUUAUGAAAUCAUGACUACGCUGAAAAUUUCAGCCCAAAAUGAAAAUAUUUAAACGUCGCUCAAGAAUUUUUAAUGUUUCCGAGUAGUGUCUUUUGGAUGUUUUCGAGCGACCCUUGAAUAUUAAUAAUAAAGCUUCUCAAUUUUUUCACCAUCAAUUUGUAUCAUAAUGAAUAAAAAUACAACCCGGGAUAUAUGAAUAAUAAGUUAUUUACAUACUUUUUUAUUUUUUAAUUCAAUUUUUAGGUUUUUUUGCUUAUUCAAAACUUACCCAAUUUUAUUGUUUAAGACUGUCCUGUAUAUUUUCGGUUAUGCAGAAAUUAUAUUUAAUUGAAAUGACAAUAAUUGAGUUAUAAAAAAAUACAAAAACUAAUUCAAAGUAUUAGUUACAUAUUGUCAGUUAAUAUUCAAAAUUCUUGAGCGCCGUUUAAAUAUUUUAAUUUUGGGCUGAAAUUUUCAGCGUAGUCAUGAUUUCAUAAAUAUAAACUAUAGCUGCCAAAAACAUCUUAAACCAACAAAUUUUCAUAAGAGACUCGAAAAAAACAAAUAGUCGGUUUUUUUGGGCCACCCUAAUACAUACAUACAUACACUCGGACAUCAUCGUGAAAUUAGUCAGGACAGCUUCCUGGAACCACAAAACGUCAACAUCUGAUAGGAAUUCGGUUUUUGCAAAUCGAACCGAAACCAAUAACUUCCCGAAUUUUAAAAAAUUUUCAAUUUUCUUAGCGGGAAGUUAAAAAACCUUACAUUUAACGUUACAAUACAUUAUUUGAUAUUAAUAACAAUUCAUAAAAAAAUAAACAUUUGAUGAAAGUAAUAAGAUUAAUCUUAAAAUUAAUGAGUGAAAAUUAUAAAGCAAACUUUCAAUAUACUUGGUAUUGAAACCAUUGAUUUUAUAUAAUGAAUAUGAAUAUUUUACGUAUUCAACUAUUUUGAUAAUCAUUUUUUAAUGCUUUUUAAGAAAUAACCAACAAAAAUUAUUUUUUCAUAACAUUUUGAUCUGCAGUUAUUUAAUAAAAAUAAAUUUUAAAGUUAACAUUAAAUUUGGAUUUAUGGUUUCUGCAUUUAAUUAUUUUUUUUUAAAUUCUUGUAUACAUAAAAUCCUUUGUCUAUGCACACUCGUUAUCAUUAACAUCUGGUCCUCUACCUAAGUAAUUUAAACUUUCGAGUUUUAAGAACCGGGCAAGCAAGUGUGUACUUUAGUUAAGACUAUAAUGAAAAAAUGAUUUGUCUACCCAGAUAGCAACAUGACGUCUUGAUGAGUUCUGAAUGAGUUCCUAUUUAUGAUUUGGACGUCUUAAAAACACGUUAAAGAAGUCUUUAAGAAGUUCUCAAGAUGUCGAAUGCGCCACCUAACGAACUCAGUAAGACGUCUUUAAAAAGAGUUCUCAAAGAGUUAUUUUUUUUUUAAAUCCGCAAACAAGACUUCAGAAUGAACUUACCAUGACGUCUUAAGGAGUUCCUAAUUUUGACUUCAAAAAAGUUAAAAAAAGAAUACAUUAAGACGUCACUAAACUGACGUUUUAUUUAUGGAGUCUUCAAGAACUCUUAAUUAAGAGUUCUUAAAAAUGACACCUUUAAGAAUUCAUUAUAUGACUUCUUGAAGACUCCUUCAAAAAUACUUCGUAAAGCAGUCAUUAUGACUUGAAUGCUGUCUGGGUACUUGAUUAUUCACUUAUAUUUGUAUUACUAUGUCUCUAUAACAUUAUUUAGGCCUGUAUAUAAGAGAGGGAGGGGCAAAACGGGGUACUUAAGGAAUCACUAAGUUUUCGGGGAUUUAAAUACGUUAAAUCUUAUUUUAUGACAUUCAAAGUGAAUAGAAAAAAUUCUUAGCUGCCGUUAAAAAAAAAUUUCAUUUUUUGCGGGUAAAAUGAGGUAUCCCGUAAAAAGGUAAAUAAAAAAAUUUUGGAAAUUAGAUAAAUUUUAUUAAAUUAAA